AUGCGUACGUCGGACGUUUUCAAUCCGGAAAUUUAUUGCAUAUUUCAGGCUACAUCAUUUUUUCUUGAUUGUCCUACUGUUGCUCACUAUGUACAAGAAGCACAUGCUACUGCAGCUCUAAUAGCUGCCGCUGUUCAUGAUUUAGAUCAUCCCGGACGUGGCAAUGCUUUUUUAAUAAAUAUUCGGCAACCAUUGGCAUUAUUAUACAACGAUCAAUCCGUACUGGAAAAUCAUCAUAUAGCAUUAGCAUUUCAGCUUACCUUACAAGGUACCAAUGAUAUUAAUAUAUUCGCUGGACUUACUCGAGAAGAAUUUACAACAUUACGACAAGCUACAGUUGAACUUGUCCUAGCUACUGAUAUGAGUCGUCAUUUCGAAUAUUUAACAAAAUUUCAACAAGUUGUUUCAAAUUUAAAG